CCGAUUUUGUGUCGAGUUGCUGCUUUUAUAAAUAGAUCUGUUACAUAACAGCUCUAUCGAGAGCUCAUAUUUCCCGAUCAGUAUACUCGUUUACCACGUAGACUAACCAGGAGACCGUUUCAAGUAAUAAUCGGUCUGCUACGCACCGGGCCUUUGUCCGGCGCGGGCCGGCCAUCUUGCACAAUCUUUUCGCUCGCGAAACGCAUUGUGCUGUGUUACUCUUUGUCAAUGUUCUUUGACGUAUUCUGCAUCGAAUCAUCCCAGUGCACCGCUUUUACCUUUCGCCAUAACCUAACUAACCAAAUGAAACCAUGCCGCCUCCGCGGGAUAGAAGCUGGUUACCCGUAAAAAAAGGCUUUACCGCCAAGGACGAUAGUGAUUCUGAAACGCAAGAAGCAAUUCUAAAUAUGAUUGCCAUCUCUGUUCCUCCACUGCCAUGCGAGUCUCCGGACAGCGACAUGGAGGCCGAGCCAACUCAAGAAAAAUCUCUCACUUCACAGUCCAAUCAGGAAAAUAGUGUCGAUAAUAAACCCUUCUCGUCCGCCUCUAAAAUCCCAAGAGAUGCAAGUGCCCAAGGUUACACUAGUUCCUUUACCCUCAAGAGACAAUUUCGAAAAACCCAAGACGAGGAAAAUUCAGUUCCAAAAAAGCUCAAUGCUUCGAAGCAGAUCCCAGACGCUGUCUUAGCAAACAGAUACACCAAGUCUUUACAAGGACCUUAUGAAAUUGUUGUUACGUCCAUAGGAUCAGUCAACUCCUCCAUCCACCCUCUCACAGUGGGCCGUCUUCUCAGUUCCACUCUCAAAAAGGAUAUAACAGAAAUCAAGAAACUAGGCUUCUCUAAAAGUAUCGAGACAAGGAGUAAUAAGAAAUGUACCACUAGACCUCGCUGAAAAUACUAUUAAGGAAGAAAUAGACAGCUCGGUUGGGAUCAUCUCCGUGCGGAGGCUCAACAGAAAGAUCAUUGAUCCAUCCACAAGAUCGAAUUCCUGCAGAAUCUCUGUCUUCACCAUACAUCGACUUGGCCGAAUGGGCUAGUGUAGUCGGGCCCGGAGCCAUUCAACAGAAGAAGAAGAAGAACUAAAAAGAUGUCUAAGAGAAACCUGAAAGACUACUAAAAAAUAU